AUGGAUUUAGGCAUUUAUGUUCGGAAUGAUAACGAAAAAGCAGCGGAGGAGUUCCGAGGUAUUGGCAUGCGUAUUGAGGAUGACAUCCUGCUACGCAAUGAUGGCACAGUGGAGUUAACAGUCCAACAUGUACUGUUUUUACUUCAUUCGGGAAAUGGCAUUGGUUAUCGAUAUCGGGUACUCAAUGCAAUUGACAUUUCCAAAUAUUCACCUUUUAUGGUUUUUCGCGCACACUUAACUACAUCAUAA